GAACUGUCAGGCGCUUUCAGUCACUUGAUGUGAGAGUCCGGAAGUAGCUUGUGAACUAAGGGGGCUGUUUAAAGGGCUGGAAGAGCCCUGCUACAGUGCAAGGGCUUCCGAGACAUUACGCUGUUUAUUUUAUUUCUCAAAAAACUGCCAAGCAAACAGAGCAAAUAGACUCCAAACGGAAUAACAGUCUAAGCUUACAUGGCCAUCCUCUGAGCAUGUUACACAGGUACAUUCAUUGGGCAGUAUCUUUAUGUCUGUGCUGGGAAUCUUAGGUGUGCGAUGCACUGUGACCUUCCUACAGGGGGGCGAUGUCUCAUUGCUAUUAUUUUGUAUGAAAGACCAACCAGUGUCCCCCCUUUUUUUUUUUUUUUUUGGCGUUGUGCUAGCAAAACUGUAGUUGUUCCUGUAAUUGACUGUCCACUUUCAGAAGUCAGGGCACGGUUCUCUUUUUCACUUCCAGUAAUUGUCAGUGUUGAUUCUGGGCAUGUAAUAGGUUAAGGGUACUUACUUUGAAAAUUAUUUAUAAUCACAAUAGGGACACAAUUUGGCAGGUGGUGGUUAUGCAAAAAUCUUAAUAAUGGAGGGUUUAUUCACUAAAUCAGUUUCAUUUUUGUGCAGAAUUCAGAAAAUUUUCAUAAUUACUAUCUGACAGCUAUUGGACAAGUGUUCUCUGACAAAUGGAAUACAUGCCGUUAACACUGAGAUCUAUGGAAGAUUCCCAGAUCACAUCUUGGGAGUAAGACAAUGCCUGAAUCCCACAACUGUCAUUAUUGACAGCUGGUAGGCUUGGAUAAAAGUUAAAGGGACACUUUAGUCACCCAGACCACUUCAGCUCAAUGAAGUGGUCUGGGUGUCAGGUCCCUCUAGGGUUAACCCUGCCUGAUGUAAACAUAGAAGUUUCUGAGAAAUUGCUAUGUUUACAUCUGGGAUUAAGCCAGCCUCAAGUGGCUGUCUUCUGGACAGCCACUAGAGGCGCAUCGGCAAUGAUUGAGGCAUAUUAUUUCCUACGGACACUUUGAAUGCGCGCAGCAGUGUCGCGCAUGCGCAUUCGGCGCCGGUGACGUCAGACAAGGAUGCUGAUGUCGGCGGGGGAGGAGAGGUAAGGGAGGGAAAAGGGUGAGUAACCCCUUCAGCGCCGCGGGAGGGGGACCCUGAGGGUGGGGGCACCCUCAGUGUACUAUAGUGUCAGGAAAACCAAGCGGCAGAGCAAAGACAAAAUACUGAAUAAAAGACCAAGUGUAACAAUUUUGUGUGUCUAUGUAUAUAAUAUAAAUAUUAUGUAGACACUGGCAGAUUUUUUUUUUUCUCCCCUUUCAUUUUCUAGGGGUCAGCAACAUAUGGCACACAUCCCUAGGUAUUUCAAAGGGCAUAUUUUGAACCUUAGCGUGGGAUCAUUUUUUCUCUAGUUUGUUCCAGGUGUAGUGGUAAUAAGCAUUUUUUUACUUUUACUUUUUAAAACUCGCUUUUAAACUUUCUUAACUUUUUUUACACUUGUAAAAAAUUUUAUAAACUUUUGUUUUACCAUUAACCCCUAACUAGCAGUAAGCAGCACUAACAGUAAAUUCUCCAAUUUCCCAUAACUCCCACCCUCGUCGAUCUGGGGUUAAUUGUAGUAAAUGACGGAAAUUUUCCAUCAAGGGUCCUUAACGCAAGGACAUGCUUGACGAGAAAUUACCGUCUGUGGUCGGGAAAGGGUUAAUGAAGCAGUUUUAGUGUAUAGAGCAUGCCUCUCAGGUUUCACUGCUCAAUUCUCUGCCAUUUAGGAGUUAAAUCACUUUGUUUCUGUUUAUGCAGCCCUUGCCACACUUCCCCUGGCUCUGAUUGACACAGCCUGCACAAAAAAAGCUGGUUUCACUUUCAAUCAGAUGUAAUUAAUCUUAAAUUGAACUUAAUCACAUACAGGAUGACUCUUUACAGGAAGUGUUUUGGAAGGCUGUGCAAGUCACACGCAGGGAGGUGUGACUGGGGUUCAUAAACAAAGUGAUUUUACUCCUAAAUGGCCGAUAACUGAGCAGUGAGACUGCAGAGGCAUGAUCUAUACAUCAAAAACUGCUUCAUUAAGCUAAAGUUGUUUUGGUGACUAUAGUGUCCCUUUAAUAAAAUAGGACUGGCACAUCAAUGGACUUCAUGAUCUUGUUUUGGUACAGUAAUACUAAAAUGUCACAUCAAUGGCAUAUACACAGUGCACAUGUUCUUGUAUGGGCUCAAAGAACCAUAUCUCCCUCAGUGGUAUAAGAACGUGUGCAGGAGUGGAUAUAUAGACACGACAAUACCUGCUACUCACUGUGGCUACAACAGAUUCAGGAGUGUUCCUUCACACAACCUUUUUCCAUUGCAACUAACCAGCUCUAAUUAAACCCACAAAUUCAACUAAGGGCACUCAUUUUAAUUACCUUUGUCUUAUUAUUUUUCAUUAGGUGGCGUGUGAUCACUUAUAUGGAAAUCCGUGCUGUUUUUACAAUGGGUUGUAAUAUUAUGAUGUUAGAAGCAAUGCUCCUUGUCUUUCUCAUGAUUUCUUUAACCAUUUGUAGUACUGAAGGGUUUCAGCAGCAGUGGCCAGUGCCUUACAAGUAAGUACAAAACUAACAAACACUAUAUUGUACCUGCUUGACUUGCUUAUGAAUAGGGUGAUUUAGUUCCCUGAAUUUAAACUUUUUAGAUGUACAUCCGACAAAGCGUAACCACUGCAGUUUAUUGUGAAAUUAAUUCUUAGGUACCUACACCUCAUAUUGUGUCAGUGUGCUUUUUAGCGGUUUGACAAAGCCAAUGUAGCUUAGAUUAGAUAAUGCAAAUGAUUCACAUGUGCAUUAUCCAUCUAAAGCCAUCUAACCUAGGACAGCAAGGAUAUCGUGUUAAUGUAAAUUUGCAUUCAUGCACCUUAGAGUAGGUUUUGCUUUAUUUUGGUGGGGGUGGAUUGAAGUUCACCGUAGGUUGUUUUUUUGUUCUCCCUUUCCCCAAGCUGCUAUUCUUCAAAGAGUUUAAAGCCAAAACCCCUGAUAGUGACAUCACUGCUGGGGUUCCGAUUGCCAUGGGAGGUGCAGGGGUAAGGUAGGUUCUGUAUCUGAUCCUGCAUCCAGCCAUCUUCAAAUCCUAGCACUGCAGAUACCAGGAGCCAACGUCAGUGCUGUACAUUUUGCAUGUGUGCGAGAAUACAGUAUUAAGAUCUAUAGAGGAUCUCGCAAGACCAUGGGAUCCUCCAUAGAAAAAGCUUCCCCCACCCCAAAGCAGUCACUAUUGACGACUGUGUGAACAUUACAAGCUACGUGAAAUUACAAGCUUGACAAAAGUUAGCUUAACAAGCUUUUAAGUGGAUGAAAAAUACUAAUAUCUCCCAAGUGUCCCUAUUUUGAGCCCAAACCACUGUGUUCCUCGUUUCUAUUCUAAUGUACCUCUUUUUUUUUAAUUUAUUUUUUUUAACAAGAUUUAUAUUGUUGGUGUGUCUGAGUGUAUAACAUAGCGCCACAUUAAUAAUGUCCUUUUGCCUCACAUUAAUAUUGAUGCAGGGCCGACGCAUGAUGGGGAUAUUGGCUAAGUCCAAAAGCCUUAGUGAAAUAGGAAUACAAGAGGCAGUGAGAGUAUUGAAACAGAGAAGGAGCAUGAAGGUGAGAGUUUGGAGAAAGAGAGAAUGUGGAUGUUCGAGGAGUUGAGAUGCUGAAUGGGAGAAAAUUGGUUAGUAGUGGUGGGGAGUGGGAGAAUGUGGUAUGAAAGGGGAGAGCUUGGGCGUGAGAAUAGAGUUGUGGGGGGAGGGCAAUAAGAGAUUUAAGUGUGGCUUUAAAUGAUUUGGAAUGAAUAGAGUAUGAAAGGGGGGGAGGGAUGAGAGAAAACAAAAACUGAUAUAAAAUGGUAGAGAAGAGCAGAAAAAAGGGGCACAAGGACAAACCAUCUAGCUGCUUAGGCUCUGAGGUAAAAACUAAAAAAAAAAAGAAAAUAGUGUGUCAUUCACCAAAAACCCUUAAUCUACACCCAUCACUAGAAAAUGAUUAGAAGUUAGUUUUGCUCAUAUGUAAUGAGUAAGGAGAUGUAGUCUAUCCAAGUAGGUGGUGACAGGUGCCAAUUCAGCUAUCAUUACACAUGGUAAGUAAACCAAAAGUACAUUAUUAUGUAAUUGCUAAUAGUAUUGAUUGCAUGUCCUAACCCUAUUUUCUCCAAAAGUCAGUCAGCUGUUAAAGGGAAACUGACCACAACAUAAAUGCUACAUGAAGCUGUAAUGGUUACAUUGCUGCCACUGACUCAGUAAGGAUUUGUUGUCAUCAACUUUGCUUUUCAUCAUUCCACAUUGCAAAAGCCAACAGCCCAGAUGUUAAGUGUCCAUACUGCAACACUAACCUGCACUGCUCAAAGGAUACUCAGACCGUAAGGAACAGAAUGAACUGUAUGUAAAGGAUUUUGCUCCACUGGGCCAGGCUCCCUAAUCUCGUCUCCACAACACCCGAUUGCUUUAAAAGGCAGCAGCAUUAGAAGUGCCACAUGAAACAUCUCAAUAUAGCAUUCUUCACCAGCUGCCUGUUAUCUCAUGUAUUUACCUUCUCAUUCCCUUUACAUUUUUAUAGUGGCUACACAUGUCCUUUAAUUCUUCCUGGUCAUCACCCCAUGCUACCUCUUGCCCCAACUCCCAACUCAUGUCUCUGAAGAAUUUGUUGGUGCUUUAUAAAUGCCAAUAAUAAUAAUUUGAUUGUAAUCCUAAUUCCCAUGUCCUGACCAUGGAUAUGUUAAUUAAAGGACCACUAUAGGCACCCAGACCACUUCAGCUCAAUGAAGUGGUCUGGCUGCUAGGUCCCUCUUGUUUUAACCCUGCAGCUGAAAACAUAGCAGUUUCAGAGAAACUGCUAUGUUUCACUGAGGGUUUAUCCAGCCUCUCGUGACUGUCUGUCUCAUUGACAGCCACACAAGACGCUUUGGCUAUUUACACUGAGUAAAUCACACUUAUUUGACGCUGGACGUCCUCAUGGAGCUUCAAACAAGAUUCUAUAUAGGAAAGCAUUGAGUUAUGCUUUCCUAUUGCCGGGUUUAAAUGCGUGCUCGCCUCUGGCCGCUCAUAGAAACAUAGAAUGUGACGGCAGAUAAGAACCAUUCGGCCCAUCUAGUCUGCCCAAUUUUCUAAAUACUUUCAUUACUCCCUAGUCUUAUCUUAUAGUUAGGAUAGCCUUAUGCCUAUCCCACGCAUGCUUAAACUCCUUUACUGUGUUAACCUCUACCACUUCAGCUGGAAGGCCAUUCCAUGCAUCCACUACCCUCUCAGUAAAGUAAUACUUCCUGAUAUUAUUUUUAAACCUUUGUCCCUCUAAUUUAAGACUAUGUCCUCUUGUUGUGGUAGUUUUUCUUCUUUUAAAUAUAGUCUCCUCCUUUACUGUGUUGAUUCCCUUUAUAUAUUUAAAUGUUUCUAUCAUAUCCCCCCUGUCUCGUCUUUCCUCCAAGCUAUACAUGUUAAGAUCCUUUAACCUUUCCUGGUAAGUUUUAUCCCGCAAUCCAUGAACCAGUUUAGUAGCCUUUCUCUGAACCCUCUCUAAGGUAUCAAUAUCCUUCUGAAGAUACGGUCUCCAGUACUGUGUACAAUACUCCAAGUGAGGUCUCACCAGUGUUCUGUACAAUGGCAUGAGCACUUCCCUCUUUCUACUGCUAAUACCUCUCCCUAUACAACCAAGCAUUCUGCUAGCAUUUCCUGCUGCUCUAUUACAUUGUCUGCCUACCUUUAAGUCAUCAGAAAUAAUCACCCCUAAAUCCCUUUCCUCAGAUGUUGAGGUUAGGACUCUAUCAAAUAUUCUGUACUCUGCCCUUGGGUUUUUACGUCCAAGAUGCAUUAUCUUGCACUUAUCCACAUUAAAUGUCAGUUGCCACAAUUCUGACCAUUUUUCUAGUUUACCUAAAUCAUUUGCCAUUUGGCUUAUCCCUCCUGGAACAUCAACCCUGUUACAUAUCUUAGUAUCAUCAGCAAAAAGACAUACCUUACCAUCAAGACCUUCUGCAAUAUCACUAAUGAAAAUAUUAAAGAGAAUGGGUCCAAGUACAGAUCCCUGAGGUACCCCACUGGUGACAAGUCCAAGCUUCGAAUAUAUUCCAUUAACUACAACCCUCUGUUGCCUGUCACUCAGCCACUGCCUUACCCAUUCAACAAUAUUGGAAUCCAAACUUAAAGAUUGCAGUUUAUUGAUAAGCCUUCAAUGUGCAACAGUGUCAAAAGCCUUACUGAAAUCUAGGUAAGCAAUGUCUACUGCACCACCCUGAUCUAUAAUUUUAGUUACCCAAUCAAAAAAGUCAAUAAGAUUAGUUUGGCAUGAUCUCCCUGAAGUAAACCCAUGUUGUCUCUGAUCUUGAAAUCCAUGUGUUUAUAGAUGUUCAUCAAUCCUAUCCUAUAACAUGGUUUCCAUCACUUUCCCCACUACUGAAGUAAGGCUUACUGGCCUAUAGUUGCCCGACUCCUCCCUAUUACCUUUCUUGUAAAUGGGCACAACAUUCGCUAACUUCCAAUCUUCUGGGACUACUCCUGUUAACAAUGAUUGGUUAAAUAAAUCUGUUAAUGGUUUUACUAGUACACCACUAAGCUCUUUUAAUAGCUUUGGGUGUAUUCCAUCAGGUCCCAUUGACUUAUUUGUCUUUACUUUUGACAGUUGAAAUAGAACCUCUUCCUCUGUAAACUCACGUGUAAUAAAUGACUCAUUUAUCCUUUUUCUCAACUGAGGUCCCUUUCCUUCAUUUUCAUCUGUAAAUACAGAACAAAAAUAUUCAUUGAGGCAGUCAGCUAGACCUUUAUCCUCUUCUACAUACCUUCCUUCUUUUGUUUUUAAUCUAACUAAUCCUUGUUUUACUUUUCUUUUCUCAUUUAUGUAUCUAAAAAAUGUUUUAUCCCCCUUUUUUUACUGACUGUGCUAUUUUCUCUUCUGUGUGUGAUUUGGAAGCUCUUAUAACUUGCUCAUGCACAUUCGGCUCCACUCGGGAGCUGACGUCAGUGGAGGAGAGGUCACCAGGGACGAGGGAGCCCGGAGCUGGAUUAAGGUAAGUGGCUGAAAAGGGGUUUAACCCCUUCAGCGCCAAGGGAGGGUGGUACUCCAAGAGCCUAUAGUGCCAGGAAAACGGGUUUGUUUUCCUGGCACUGUAGAAUCCCUUAAAAGAUUACCUUUCCCUUCAAGAAAUUAGCUAUUAAAAUGGCAUUUAUAUUGAAAGCAUAAAUGUCCAAACAGAUGAUACAAUCUUGUCAGAAAAAGAUGGAGAGAGUUGGUGCAUCCAUCACAGCACAGAUUGGUAGGAUGAGAACAGAAAUGUUAAUUACAGAAAAAAAAGUAAUCUGUUAGCUCCAUUGCUUUUUAUAGUGAAAUGUUGCAGUACUCAGAAGGCCCUGCUGCCUUGUGAGUAUUACAUCUUUUAUUUUAGGUUUAGUAUGUCACAUGCACUAAAAAUCUGGCCCACUGAUGUACUUUGUAAAUAAUUUUCUUUUAUUAUGUUACGUCUUUAUUCCAUUAUAACCUAGAGAAUAAGCCUAUCUUUGCACAUAUUUUCAAAGGUACCAAUAAUAUGUGUGCCUAGGGCGCACUGGCCCGGGGGGGCGCCAAAUUUGAGUGACCUGUCACUCAGUGUAGCGUGGCCGGGCAGUGCGGACCGCGGUACAGGAGUUCUGUUUCCUGUACCCGGCUGGACUGAAAGGAAGUGCUCUCUCAGUGAGGUAGGAGGCACACAAGGGAGGGGGAGUGGUAGAGACCACCAGGGGAGUGGUAGAGACCACCAGGGGAGUGGUAGAGACCACCAGGGGAGUGGUAGAGACCACCAGGGGAGGAGGGGAGUGGUAGAGACUACCAUUGGGGGAUGGGGGGGCAGUGGUAGAGACCAUGGAUGGGGGGCAGUGGUAGAGACUACCGUUGGGGAUGGGGGGCAGGGGGCAGUGGGAGAGACUACCGUUGGGGGAUGGGGGGGCAGUGGGAGAGACUACCGCUGGGGGAUGGGGGCAGUGGGAGAGACACCGCUGGGGAUGGGGGCAGGGAGAGACUACCGCUGGGGGAUGGGGGGCAGUGGGAGAGACUACGCUGGGGGAUGGGGGCAGUGGAGAGACUACCGGGGAUGGGGGCAGUGGGAGAGACCACCAUUGGAGGGAGGGAGGAGUCGGAGACCACUGGGAGAGACCACCAGCAGUGGGAGAGGGGAGAGUAUACCAGGGAUGUGGGGGAAAGGAGAGAGAGACUACCAGGGGCUGUGGGGAGAGGAGAGACCACUAAAGGAAAAGGAGGGGAGAAAACUAAGGAACAGGGAAGCAGGGGGACCUAGGGGUGGGAGGGGAAAGACCCACAGAGGGGCCACAAACCCUCUUUUUCACACUACACACAUACAUAACGCAUCUUUACACAUUUAAAGAGACACCUAUUGCGUCCCUACACAUGCACAGAAACAUACAAUGCAUCCCUACUCACACACCAAAAGAUACAGUAAAUCCUACACACACACACACACACACAGAAACACUAUGCUUCCUUUACACACAAUGCAUACCUCACACACACUCACACAAUGCAGCCCUCGCACACAUACACUGCUUCUCUUAAUGCAUCUCUUACAUACACUCAAUGCACCCAUUACAGACACACACACUGCACUGCAUUACAUACACAGAAACACACCUUGCAUCCCUUACACAUACAAACACAUUCACACAAUGCAUCCCCUAUACACACACACUACAUCCCUUACACAAACUGGUAUCCCUAUACACUACAUUCCAAAAGAACACACAGACACAUUAAAUCCUCUACAAUAACACAUAACACAUCCCCUACACACAUAUACACUCCACUCCCUGUGAGCAAACUCAUGGGUGGGCCUUGUAGGCAUACUCAUGGUCAGGCCCUGGGGGCCCAGACCGUAAUCUGUGUAAGGGGCCCAAAAAAAUUGAGCUGCUUCCUGUUUGUUGAUUUUUGUGAGAACUGCCUCCAGAGAGCCUGUUUUAACACCAGACCAGUGGAGCCAGACUGCAGCCUGAGCCCAUCAUCAUCCUCUUGUCCUCAUCUGGUGGAAGUGGGCAAUCCAGUAUAUUAUUAGUGGCACUAAUCUCUAAUUUAAUUUUAUUAACAAUCAUAGGCAUUUAUGUCUUUAUAUUUCAUGGCAAGAGUUUAUAUGUGCAUUUGGGAUGAACAGACAAAAAUGACACAUAAUAUACAUUUUAGAAAUCACCCAUAGUGAAAGCACAUCUAUCUAAAAGUGUAUCCCUACGGCAAUAAAAUCAUACUGAAGUGUAAUGAUAGAAUAUACAGAGAGAAGGGGUUGUUAAUCUUAAAUGUAAAAUUUCAUUUAUGCAGCUAGUUUGAAAAGGGCUCACUCUUGAAUUGAAACACAGAGUGAAAAUGUAGCAGUGUACAUUAGUUAUAUAGGACUAAAGGUUGUUGUCCUUUAUAAUUUAUUGCAGCUUUUAAUUAAUAAGUUCCUAAUGAGGUGUCCUAAGCUGGACAAGUUACCAUGCAAAUGCUUUGAUACAGGUCCAUACCAAUUUGCCAAUAUUUGAGACUCGGAAGAAACUGCUCAACCAUCUAGGAAUUUAAAAACAAACCCAGUGAACUUAGUUCUUUUAAAGCAAGAGAAUAUCCAAACUGUUGUCUAAAAGAGGCUUUUAGAAGAGCGCUUUUGUCUACUCGUGAUGAUCUUUUAGAGAACUGCAUCCCUCCACAAGUAUCCUCUAUGAUUCAGAUGAUUGCAUACCAGUGGCAAGGUUUUAUUUUUUUUGCCACUGUCUGUUCUCCAAAUCUAAUCUUGAAGGUCUCCAGAGAUCAAGCUAGCAGAUAUGUGCGAGUGUUUGCAUAUUUAACUCCACUUUUGCAUCAAUUGUACAUAUGAGACUCCACUAUAGACCUUCUUCCUAGUUGCAAGCCAUAUGCAGUGUUGCAUCUCAUGGCACUCAAAACUAUUUAUAAUAUAUGUCGGUUAGGAGUGGACAUGAGGAACAUCUGGUGUUGCAGGCGUACAACUCUCAUUUUGCAUCAAUAAGGUUGACAGUUUAUCAUGAGUGUAAGCAGUGGCGUACACACAAUCCAUGGGGCCCCUCCCUUGCUUCCCCCCUCCCCUUGACAGGCACACACAUACACACCGACACAUACACACACAGACAGACAGACACCCAUACAUACAUACAAACACACACAUAUACAAAAUAUUUUAGUCACCCUUCUGUUUCCUACCUUUUAGGUGCAGGAGGGUGACAUUCCCUGGGGUCCAAUGGUGGCUCAGGCUGUUGGGAGUCAGAGUUCCCACUCUGACAUCCUGUCCUUCCUCCCGUGCGGGCUCUGUGUGAUUGCUGGGAGGAGUGACUGGGGCAGUCACUUCCUCCCAGCAGUAUUGUCAUCACAGGGGGCCAGGUCGCACUGUUAAAGCGCCCAGCGCUGACCGGAUCCCCUGAAAGUCCAUCUCCACCAUGUGGCCCUAAGAGCAUGGGCCACCUCAUGGACCCCUUGGACGGCGGCCACGGCAGUUUGCCGCGCGGACUGGGGCCGCAAAACAUUGCGGCUGGUGCAGGGCGGCCGGGCACCCUGGAGUGACGGUCCCGGUCACAACUGCGACCCCUACAUGUAUACCAGUGAGUGUAAGGUGUAAGAGUUCUACUUCCUGCCCAUCCCUGCUAUCAAGUAUAUGAUUGUAAACAAUAUGUGGUUUAUCCCAUUAGCUUUGUUUGUUUUAGGAUAAAUCCAUGCACCUCCCCAACGCCCAGCCCACCCCGACAUACACACACACACACACUCUACAGUCAGAAUCCAAGGUCAAAAUAGAUGACCUAGAAAAAACAUCUGAUGGUUAGGUUUCCAGUUUGGCUACUUUGGCCUUAAAUUUGAAGUUUACUUUGAAUUCUUAAUAACCCUGUAUAUAUUUUGGGUAACCGACUAUUUCUGUGUAGUGUCUUUUUGCUCUUGAUAAACUUAGAUGAUCAAGUGAGAAAUUAUUAUGAUUUUCAUAAGAAUGUAAUAUGCAAGAACAGUAUCAGUGUGGAUGAUGUGAUUUGUGGUCUUUAUAAUCAUUGUAUUUUGCAAUCUCAAUAACAACCACAUAGCUUAGAACAGCUCAUGAAUUAAACGAUCUUGACCUAGCUGAUAUUUAGUUUUUACAAACCCCUGCCUCAUCUUCUGUUUCCUUCUCCUCUAAUUCUGAAUCCUUGCGUACUUCCCCCAAAAGACCGUCCCUCAGUGAUAUAUGUUAAACAGCAUCAUUAUCAUGUUGUCAAUCUUUUUUUGGGGGGUGGACGACGACCCCGAUUUCUAGUGACAGAUUUGACUCUAAAACUGCUCUGUGAAUUAAUACCUAAUAUCUUCAUUAAAAAUUUAAAAAGUGAAUCUAUUGGUGUGUUAUUAGUAUAGACCGAUUGUGUUAUUGUCUAUAAUUGUGAUAAUGAUCAGGGUGCGUUUUCUGCGUAAUCAGUGGAAAAAUCCUGGUAAUUUCAAACGGCUCAAAAACCUUUUUCUUGCAACUUUUAUACGGGCUACCAUUAGAUUACGCAGAGCCAGCAGUCACUAAUCUGACACAUCCUGCACAGUCUGUAUGGUAUCUCACAGAUGGUAUUUCCAUUACACCAAUGACCGAGAAAGAAUAAUUAAUUGACUCCGUUCUAAUGAUCAAAGGUUUUUAUUCAGUAAUCAAUAGUUUCUCCCUCUUCUUUGUUUUGCCAGAGUAAACAUGGUGAGCCUUUUCUUAGGCAUUGACUGCAUACGAGAGUUUCUUUACUCACAUUGUGGCCUUCCAAGGGAUACAAAGGCAACCGAACCAAUAUAAUGAGGCAUGAUUGCCCAGAAUGUCAAUUUAUAACUAAAGCUUUCUAGUUUCCUGGUGACAUUUUAUUGUAGCUGGUAAGACAUGCAGCCUUUGAAUCUUGAGGUGGAAAUAAAUAAAAUAAAUGUUUGUUUAAUCACCUUUGUUCAAGGCUAAAAAAAAGUACUAAGGAGGGUUCGAGGGAUUCAUAUAUGUGAUCAUGGUAUGAUAUUCCAAUAGGAUGGGCCUGAAUCCCAGUAAAUAACUGCAGGUUAACCAUAUAGAACACAAAUGAGUAAUUCCCUAUUGUGUUUACCUGAUACAGACGGUUUGACUUCCGACCUAAAACUGAUCCAUACUGCCAAGCAAGGUACACAUUUUGCCCCAGUGGCUUUGAGAAUGGCUCUAUUCCAAAGAUGAAAGAUGAGGAUAUCAUCGAUGUUUACAGAUUGCAAGCCCCUGUUUGGGAAUUCAAAUAUGGGGAUCUGCUGGGACAUUUUGUAAGUAUAGUAAAUUAUUGAUUAAUGGAAACACGAGUAUUUUCAAGUAUCAAAUCUAAAUUAUUAAACAGCAUUCCAAGAACCAUAGCAUAAAUUAGUGGCACCCUUCCAGAGUAAGAAGUCAAACUAUUUAACUCCACUGCACCAAGUCCUUCUAUGUUAAAUGAGAGUGCUCUCAGUCAAUCAGUGCAGCCUGCAUGGCCAGGCUUAGUUAAGUGGCAAGCUACAGUGGUUAUGGUACUUGGAGUGUUGUAUUAAAACUCCUGGAAAAAAUCAAACAAGAAAAUCAUCCAACUACUCAUACUAAGCUAGUGCAUAUCAGUUCAAUAAAAAGAUUUUGUGAAAGCUGCCUAUCUAAGAUUUAAAAACUCACCAAAUCUAUUACUUUGAUAAAGUGGUAGAUGAAUCAUAAGUUUGUCAUGUGACUAAAUCUGACUAUUACAUUAGUCAUUACAUUAGUCAUUGAUGCUUUUAUAUAUACAAAGUAAAACCAGUAAGUAUGGCCCUAAAAAUUAUUUCACUAAAAUUGAUAUACAAAGCUACCCCUUACAAUGGGUAAAAGCUCAAAACACAUAUACUUAAUUUUUUUUUAAAGUGUGCUGUGUCUUUUUAAGACAAACUAUUCAUGUAUAUCAGAUAUGUAUUAGAAAGCUCACUGGGCUAAUGCAUCCUGGCAGGGCCAACUCAGCGCUUCAUCCUUUCGAGGUAGAUAAAAUGAGUACCAUUAACUUGGGUAAUAGUAACAUCCCCUGGCUGUGGGGCAAAAGUAACAUGCCCAAGACGUAUGUGAAAACCAGAGCAAUCUGAAUGUUCCUGGUUAAAUACUUUGUUAUUAUAAUAUCAGCUGUAGCAUCAACCACAUUAAAGUGCAAUGUGCUCAGUUCAAACCUAUAAUUUGCAACACUGCAAAAUACAAAAAGUUCUACCAGUUUUGGGCAAUUAUACAGUGUAGCACUUUACUUAUAUAGAAAGUAAGAGAAAAAGAAAAAAACCAAACAAGGUCUUUUCACUGAAUAUAAGGUGGAAGCUGAUACAGUUAGAGCAGACUUCCACUGCUCUAUGCUUGUGAGUGAUUCCUAUUUUUGCACUAUUUAUUACAUUUCGUGUUGCCCUAUAUUUUUUUUUUCUCGUACAUGUUAUAUGCUGUUUGAAACCACCUGCAAGCAUAUCAACCGAUCUAUUAUAAGGAAGACAGAUAUCUAUGUAAGUAAAGUGCUACACUGUAUAAUUGCAUAAUAUUGGUAGCACUUAGUUUUUUGGGGGUUUUUUUGUAUUUUGCAGUGUUGCACAUUGCACUUUAAUCAACAUUUAAGUGUCGCUUUAUGUAAUGCACAUAUGCACUUUCAUAUGGUUGAUGCUACAGCUGAAAUAAUAGUUUAAUGUAUACAGCACACUUUGUUUUUUUGUUUUGUAUGAAUGCUCUUAUGCAUAUGUAAUUAUUUCAUACCCUGCUUGUAUCAUGCCAAUGUGCUUAUUUCUAUACGAUGGUUGACAUUUUAGUUAUUUGUUUUUAAAUCCAGAUUGUGAACUUGGAUAGCAUAGACUUUGCCAGUUUUAUUAGCUACACAGCUUGUACAUUCUACAAUUGAGGAUAUCUUAGUAAAUCAGCUAUUGUUUCCUUGUGAGACUGACAUUUUUUGUUUUAACUUAUAUAGAAAAUUAUGCAUGAUGCAGUUGGAUUCCGGAGUUCUAUAACAGGAAAAAAUUACACAGCUGAAUGGUACGAACUAUUUCAGCUUGGAAAUUGUACUUUUCCACACUUGAGACCCAACAUGGAAGAACCAUUUUGGUGUAAUCAAGGGGCAGCAUGUUUCUAUGAGGGAAUAGAUGACGAACACUGGAAAAGCAAUGGGACUUUGGUUCCAGUUGCAAGAAUGUCAGGUAAGGGGUUAUAAUACAUGGCAUAACUGCAGAUCCCAAAAAUACAGCAUCCUAAAGAUUAUGGAUUUUCGUGGUACAAUGGAGUUUUCAGUUAUGUAUUUUAAACGGUGUUUAGUAACUGAUAAUCUAAUGUUACUGAUUACUGACCUAAAGCUUCAUUAAAGGAACAUUCUAAAUAUCAUAACCACUACAGUGCUCUGUAGUGGUUAUGGCACCAGGAAUGUUCUCGCAAUCCCCAUUGCAAGUAGUAAAACCAUUUUAGAAGAUUUGACCUGUUACCUGGCAUCUGGAGAGCUACUAUGAAGGAGCUUCCCCGCUCUCUUCUGGAAAUAGAGCUGUUGGGGAGUGGUGCGCAAUGCACCCCAAGUAAGUCUAACCGUUCCAAAAUGGAGGGGGGCGGGGCGGCACCAGGGACAUCUUGACACCAUAUCCACUACAUCACACAUUAGUGGCCAUGUUGCUUGAACGAUUUCUUUAAUUUAUUCUUUUUUUAACAGUCACAAAUGCAGCAUAUGUAUUUUUUAACUUCUGCUUGCAUGGUUUCACUCACCAACCUGUUUUCAAAUCUGAGAUUUUGUAUUUUUGUGUGUUAGAACAGACUCUGGAAACAUGUUAAUUUUCCCUGAAUUACAAACCAGUAUUAUUGAUGGAAAUGUUUUGUUUUGUUUUGUAAGCUGUUUUACUUUAUUUUAUUAAACAUUUUUUUUUUUUUAGUACACAGUUCAUUAAGGAUUUUUGAAGUGAUAUAUAGGGGAUAUGCAAACAUAGCAGUACAAUAAUAAAUGCAAUUAAAUCGUUUAACAGGCGGCAUGUUUAAUCAGAUGUCAAAAUGGUUAAAAGAAGAUAAUGACACUGGGAUUUACUACGAGACAUGGACUGUGCAGGAACCAACCAGAGCUAAACCAAGGGUGUGGUUUGAAUCAUAUGACUGCAGCAAAUUUGUGUUGAGAACCUACCAAAAAAUAUGGGAGCUUGGAGCCACAUUUAACAAAGAGAUUCAGACAAAUUACACUCGUAUAUUCUUGUACAGUGGAGAACCUGUAUACUUGGGAAAUGUCUCGUCUAUAUUUGGGCCACAUGGCAAUAAAUCUUUGGCAGAAGACAUAAGAAUGUUUUACACACCUUUUAGACCUCCUCAUUCAUUUAAAGAGUUCCUUAUAAGUAUCUUGGCAAUCUAUGAUGAGGUUGUCUUGCAUAAAACAUUUUAUUUGUUUUAUAAUUUUGAAUAUUGGUAUUUACCUAUGGAGUACCCCUACAUUAAGCUAACAUAUGAAGAAAUACCUCUGCCAUCAAACAAACAUGUCUGAUUUCUUUUUUUUGUUUUUGUUUCUGAAGGAUAGGUAAACAGGAGUAUUUGUUUGUUGGAUACGUUAUUCAUAUCAGGAAGUUAUCUACAGCAAUGUUAGGAUCUGUACAUACAGUUCAUACACUUCUAAACAUACUGAAUAUUUUAAGAAGACCAUCCUGCCGGAGGAGAUCCUUACAUUUGCACUUUAGGACCAAUAUUCAGAAAGUAUUAUUAUAAAUUAGGGGUAGGUAAUUUACUCAAACAGAGACCCCAAAUUUUCUCAAGAUGGAAGAUUAUGUCUCAAUCAAAGAUGUGCCUUAUUUGUUCAUUUAAAAUGUGACCUAAUCCUUAGAUGCUUGGAUGACAUUUACUCUGAACCCUCUGUAGUGGAUAUGAUGCUAGACAUGCCCUGUUGAUGUCCCACAGAGAGAUUAAAUUGUAUCACUGUUUGACAGCUUACCUGGGUCCUGCCAGGUGCUCGUGCCACUUUCACCACAUCCACUGUUCUCAUGCUGGAGAGGUCGUAUUGCUAUAAAGGGCAGAACAGGACUAUGCCAAACAACGCUCACUGACUGAGACCAGUCCUGCAUUGAACGUUCUGCUGUCCCCCUAAAACCCACAUCUUUUCCCUCUGGUGUCCCCUUUAAUUUUUAUAAUUUUAAAAGUGUUUGCUUUUUUUUUACUUAUCAUUUAUAUUUUAUAAUGUAUUUAUAUAUGAUAUAUGUGUGUCAUUUAAUUCUAG